AUGUCGAUAAGCGACCUUCCUGGGGAAUUAUUAGCUGAAGUCCUGGCAAAGAUCCCUGCGAAAUCACUCUUGAAACUUGGAUACGUAUCAAAAUCAUGGAAAUCUCUUAUCGAUAGCCCAGAGUUUGUGAAAUUUCACUUGAAUCGUGGCCAUUCAUUACCAAUGCCCGCAGAUAGACCCAUUAGGCUAAUAUUACUUGCAAAUUCUCUCUCUGAUGGACUCAAAUAUUACGCUGCGGAAUUCGAUUCCCCUGAGAAGGUAAUAACUUCUAUGGUUGAGUUGGAGCUCGGUAAUUACUCUUUUACCGCCGAUCAGUUUGCGGAACGCACAACUCGUCUUAUUGGCUCUUGCAAUGGAUUAGUAUGUAUAGCUUUUCGCAAAGCUGAGGUUGCGUUAUGGAAUCCAAGUAUUCGCGAUUUUCGGGUUUUGCCUUAUUCCCCUCCAGUACUCCUUCCCGACGAUGAUACUAAUAAUGGCGCGGACAAUUUUUAUCCGAUUUCGUAUGGUUUUGGGUACGAUGAUAUUUCCGAUGAUUAUAAAGUGAUUCGGGUAGCUAACAAUUUUGAUGACCAUCCUGCUGUUAUUACAAGUACAAAACGAAAGUGGCAAGAAGUUAAGGUUUAUAACCUUAAGUCCGAUUCUUGGAAGACUCUUUCAGAUUUUCCACAUGUCAUUUGCCUUGCUGCUCAUAAAUAUGGAGCUGCAUUUGUCAACCAUGCUCUACAUUGGACGGUGGAUGAGGAUAGAGUACUCUCCGGCGACAAUUCACCCCGGGAUAAUUAUGAAUUUUCGAUUGCUGCAAUUGACUUGAGAACAGAAAAAUUCUACAUGGUUCCGCCACCUCCGGGCAUAUCUAUGAAAUGCCUUUGGGUUAUGGGAGUUUUGGGUGGUUGUCUUACUUUGCAUUUGAGAACCACAAUGGAUUUAUGGAUAAUGAAGGAUUAUGGGUUGAAGGAUUCUUGGACGAGAUUGACUUUGAAUGUUGGAAAAUUGUUUCAUCCCGAGUUCUUCGUACAUCCACGCGGAGUUACUACUACUGAUCAUAAGGAGCUCAUUGUUAAGGAUUACAGUGGAUUUGUUUGGUGUAACAUUAACAAGCACACGAUUAAGAAGAAGGAAGAGUAUAAGGAUUGCUGGAAUGGAGGCUCUUUCAGAUUUGGGUGUGUUUCUAUUGCAUUCGGGUGUGAAUUAGUUGACAGUCUUGUCAGACCUCGGCCUUCUUCUGGGUGCAAUAAGAAUAAAUAA